AUGGCUGUACCAAGGUUACUAUCGCGCGGGCGCUGUUCCUUUCCCCUGGCGACACCGUCAAUACGCGUCGCUCCAUCACUUAUCCCAUCGAUCAGAACAUCAAUUUCAAAGCGAGGUUUCACUGCCAAUCAACGCAGCCGGGAAGACAUUGUUCAGACUCCAUCGAGAGGGCCAGAGAUCGCACUUACUGAUGCACGCGCUCCGUCAACGUCCGCGGGCUCUUCAUCAGAAGCUGUCAUGAUGACAGUGCCAAAACGAUGGGCAAAAACGGACAUUGAACAGAUACUACGUUCUAAGGGAUGCACCAUCAAGAGAUUACUGAUGCGUGUUGAUCGCUUCACUUUUAUGAACGCUAUCACAUGUUUCGUCGAGCUUGGUAGUGAAGCAGAAGCUACCAAGGCCAUUAAGGAGCUUAACGGCUUCGAGGCACAGGGCAAAUCACUGGUUGUUAAGCCCUUGAACGCUGACUUCAGCUGGGAGAAAAGUGAGCAGCGGAAGGGCGGGCCUUUUGGCUCUCGCUACUUCAUUGACGAAGGCACCGCUGCAUAUGAUGCUAUGCGUCCGUUACUUGAACGUCGCCGCAUUGUACUUUCGGUCGAGACACCCGGAUGGUCCACAAACAAACGCUUUGCCGUGGCGGUACAGAACGCAGAGACAAUCAUUGAGCGACAAUUCGGCAAAUACGGGAUCGAGUCAGUCAGCGGAAUGUCGAGGUUCGACAGAGGAAAGACACAUGAGCCGAGUUUUCUAUGCCUCAUCGAUUUCAGGACCAAAGAGGGCGCGGAAAAAGCAGUCAACGAUCACCACGACACGCAAAUCGAGGGCCGCUUGACAUGGCUGAGACCUGCCCAACCUUCUGCGUGGAGGAUUCAUCAAAUCCAGAAGGUAGUGGGGCCAGAGGCGUUGAAAGCACUACAGGAAAGCGGUGUGGUGCCCGAGGACCAAGAGGUUUACGAGGACAAGUUUGUCAACCCACGGCCGAAGAGACGGGAGAGACAAUAG